AUGGAGAAGAGCCGGGUCCUGGUGGUGGGCGGCACCGGGUACAUCGGCCGGCGGAUCGUGCGGGCGAGCCUGGCGCAGGGUCACCCGACGCUGGUCCUGAUGCGGCCGGAGAUCGGCCUGGACAUCGACAAGCUCCAGAUGCUGCUCUCCUUCAAGGCGCAGGGCGCGCGCCUGGUGGAGGCGUCGCUGGAGGAUCACGCGGCCCUCGUCGCCGCCGUGGCGCAGGCCGACGUGGUCAUCUCGGCCAUGUCCGGGGUGCACUUCCGCAGCCACAACCUCCUCCUGCAGCAUAAGCUCGUCGAGGCUAUCAAGGAGGCUGGGAACAUCAAGCGUUUUGUACCAUCGGAAUUCGGCAUGGAUCCAUCCAAGAUGGGGCAUGCUCUUGAACCAGGAAGGGUUACAUUUGAUGAGAAGAUGGACCUAAGACGGGCGAUAGAAGAUGCCAACAUUCCCCACACCUAUGUUUCUGCCAAUUGCUUUGCUGGUUACUCUUGCCAAAACCUAUGUCAAAUGCGCACCCUUUUGCCACCCAAAGAGAAAGUUCAUGUAUAUGGAGACGGCAAUGUCAAAGUUAUAUUUUGUGAUGAAGAUGAUGUUGCAACAUAUACAAUCAAGUCUGUUGAUGAUCCUCGUGCAGUGAACAAGACAAUAUACCUAAGACCACAUGAAAACAUCUUGACUCAAAAUGAUGUGAUCGCAAAAUGGGAAAAGCUUUCCGGAAAUGUUCUGGAGAAAGUCCACAUUCCUGCAGAUGAAUUCUUGGCUUCAAUGAAAGAUACAGACUUCGCCAAUCAAGUCGGAGUGGGACACUAUUACCACAUUUUCUAUGAAGGUUGCUUGACAAAUUUUGAAAUCGGUGAGGAUGGAGCAGAGGCUACCCUAUUGUACCCAGAGGUUCAGUAUACCCGCGUGGAUGAGUACAUGAAAAGAUAUCUGUAA